CAACAGUGACGCUUGUUGUGGGCACGCUGCGCGUUUUCGAUUGAUUAAGCGUAAUGUUUACAUUUAAAUAACAUUAAACACUCUAGUAAUGCCGCUUAUUUAACGGUAAUUUUUACACAACAUUAACAUUUAUAGUUAAUCGAAAAUCACUAAGUCUGGUUUUACGUCUGUGUCGGUGUGUUGGUGUAAGGAUUAUGCGAUGCACGUUCAUAAUUGCGAGUGUGUUUAAAAUGAAAUAUAAUGCAAGAGUUUAUUAACAAGAAGUGACUAAAACAAGUGCAGGACUAUACCAAAAGUGAAGCGAGACUAUGACUCCGUCUUACUAAUAGAUGGCAACUAAGAAAGCUAGUGGCUGUAUGUAAAUUUUUGGAUGCUCACAGAAAACCAGCGAGCCAUACAAAGGAAAAGCAAAGCCAAGCAAUACGACUGCAACGACAACUGAGAUAAUCUGGACGCCAGAUCCCCUUGUGCAAAAUGACUUUUAAGCCCUUUCGACGCGGCUCGGCGCGCUGCAUUGGCCUCCUGACGGCAUCUGUGACCAUUUUGCUGUUCCUCUAUUACUUCUCCAUUGGCCAGCCAAGCCCGGCGCACAUCGCAGAUGCCAAUACGGCGGGCAUGAAUCGCGCCCAUGCGGCGGCGCUUAACAGCUUUAGCAUGGAACAGCAUCAACAGCUGCAGCAGCCACAACAGCAGCAACAGCCGCAGCAACAGCAACAGUUGCUGCAUCAGCAGCAACAAGCCAAAAAAAUGUAUCCCAGCACGCAGACAGACGAAAAUCUGGGCGAGGAGACGCUGCGGAAUGUGCAUUGGGGCGACAAGUGCUACGUGCUGCUCCAAAGCAUAACAAACAUAACUGCCUCGGAAGAGCACAGCAGAUUUGAUUUCCAGCCCGAGUGGAUGCGCUCCAAGGAGUACUGGGAUCGCGGCUUUGAGGAGCGUUACGAGGCACAGAAAAAGGAUAAACAGCGUCCGCCUUUGAAGGUCAUCGUUGUGCCGCAUUCCCAUAACGAUCCUGGCUGGUUGAAGACCUUCUACAACUACUUCCAAUCGGACUCGCGCCAGAUACUAAAUCUGCUGGUGACCAAGAUGCAGGAGUAUAAGGACAUGACCUUCAUCUGGUCGGAGAUAAGUUUUCUGCAACUCUGGUGGGAUCAAGCACAUCCCACCAAGCAGCGCGCUCUCAAGCGCCUGGUCAACUCGGGACGCAUAGAAAUUACCACCGGAGGUUGGGUCAUGACGGAUGAGGCCAAUGUGCACAUUUAUCCCAUGCUCGACCAACUCAUCGAGGGCCAUCAGUGGCUAAAGAACAAUUUGAAUGUGACGCCCAAGGUCGGCUGGUCCAUCGAUCCAUUUGGACAUGGCAGCACGGUGCCAUAUCUGCUGUCCGGUGCCCAGUUUGAGGGCGCGAUUAUACAACGCAUCCAUUAUGCCUGGAAGGAGUGGUUUGCACGUCAGCAAAGUGGGGACUUCAUCUGGACACCUUACUGGCGCUCGGCCAAUGAUCAGGGCAAGCUACUUACCCACAACAUGCCCUUCGAUAUAUACUCCAUAAAGGGUUCCUGCGGACCGCAUCCUUCCAUCUGCCUGAACUUUGACUUCCGCAAAAUACCCGGAGAGUAUACGGAAUACUCGCUGAAGGCGCAAUAUAUAACAGAUGAGAAUCUGGAGGAAAAGGCGGAGCUGCUCCUGGAGCAAUAUGCACGCACUGCCUCUUUGUUCCCGCACAAUGUGGCCCUAAUACCCGUCGGUGAUGAUUUCCGCUACAACAAGGAGCGCGAGGUAGAUCAGCAGUAUCGCAACUACAAGAAGCUCAUCAACCAUAUCAUGGCCAACAAGCGGUUAUACAACGUGGAUAUUAAGUUUGGCACGCCCAGCGAUUACUUUGCAGCGAUACGGCAGCGCAUGGGGACGGAGAAGGCGUUCCCCAGCUUCAAGGGUGAUUUCUUUGUCUACUCGGAUAUCUUCUCAGAGGGCAGACCCGCCUACUGGUCGGGUUACUUUACGACCCGGCCCUAUUACAAGCUCUUGAGCUCCGAGUUGGAGCAUAAUUUGCGCGCAGCCGAGAUUCUGUUUACAAUUGCUUAUAAUUCGGCACGGCAAUUGCAUCAUGAUGAUGCCAUCAAGAUCUAUGAGAAGAACUAUGAGCAAAUUAUACAUGCGAGGCGAAAUCUUGGCCUCUUCCAGCAUCACGACGCCAUCACGGGCACCUCCAAGGCGGCGGUGAUGCGCGACUACGCGAUGCGACUAUUUGACAGCACCCAAAACAUGGUCAAGAUGCAGGAAGCGUGUGUGGAGCUGCUGCUCCAGAAUAGCAGCUCACAUGAGCACGGCUUUUUGAUCAGCGAAUUCGAGCGAGAUAACUUUAGUAAGCUGCCCAGAAAGAUGCCCAUCCAACUGAUGUAUCCAAGUGCCACGGGCAGCGAUGAGGCCGGCAGCAGCAGCACGACUAACACAGGCAAUGAAAUCGAUGAUGGGGAUAUGGAAUCAGCUGUGCCGCUGGCCAAAAAUGCUGAGGCCAGCUUUGUCGUCUUCAAUGCGCUCACGCAGAGGCGCAUCGAAAUUGUGACGUUGCGUGUCCAGCAACCUAAUGUGCGCGUCUACAAUGAGCGCGGCGUAGAGCUUAAGCACAUCCAGAUCAAUCCCGUUUGGAACAUCACGGAUGCCUACGAGCAGCAGGGCUUCAAUACGAUGCCCCAGUCGAACAACGGCGCUCGCAUUCGCACCUCUAGGCGCCAAUAUGAAGUCAUGUUUGUGGCCGAGCUUGAGCCGCUCUCGCUGACGACCUAUCGCGUCCAGGUGGACGAAUUCAACUACAAACGCAACAUUGCCACCAUCUACUGCGAUGACUGCACAGAGAAGGCGAGCGUUGUCGAGCCUGGAAGUACUACGCCGGGCAAGCUCAAUAUUGUGGAGUUCGACGCAAAAGCCAAGCCAGCCGGUGACAUCCAGCUGGAGAACGCUCACAUGCGUUUGCUGUUCGAUGAGAAGAGCGGCUUCCUCAAGACAAUCACCCGAAAAAAUAAGCAACAGCAGCUGCUGCACCCGAUGCAGUGCGCCAUCAAAUUUGCGGCCUACCGCAGUGCGCAAUUCCAUUCGGGCGCUUAUCUAUUCAAAACGGAUCCCGAGCAGAGCGAAGCCGAAAAGGAUGUGCUAGAUCAGUACGAGGAUGUCCGCAUCAUAAUCACCUCCGGGCCCAUUGCCAGCGAUGUGACGGUCAUCUAUGGACCAUUUAUGGCGCAUACUGUGAGAAUUUUCAAUUCGCGCACUCACCUGGAUGCCGCCAUAUAUAUCGAAAAUGAUAUCGAUUUUGAGCCGCCUCCAAAGAAUCGGGAAACGGAGUUGUUUAUGCGGCUGGUCACGAACAUUGAUAAUAUUGCACCAGCGCCGCUUCAACGCGAUCCGCUUAAGGAUCCAACGGAGACAAGCAUACCCGAAUUGCCAGUAUUUUAUAGUGAUCAGAAUGGUUUCCAAUAUCAUCAACGGAUCAAGGUACCUGCAAUUGGCAUUGAGGGCAACUAUUUUCCCAUUACCUCGGGCGCAUUCAUGCAGGAUGCACGCUUGCGGCUGACAUUGCUCACUACGCAUGCGCAGGGCGCAGCCAGCUAUGAGCCUGGCCAGUUGGAAGUCAUGUUGGAUCGUCGCACACUCUAUGAUGAUUAUCGCGGUAUGGGCGAGGGCGUAGUUGAUAGCCGCCUGACGCGUCACAAGUUUUGGCUGCUGGUGGAAGACAUGCCGGCUAGUCAACAUGUGGAUAAACCGCCCAGCUACAAGGUGCUCAGCUUGCAGGCACAACAAUUGGCCAACGGACUACGCUACCCGCCAAAUCUCUACUUUUUAAGCAACUUCGAACAGCCUCAAGCGGCGCUGCAGCCUCUUGUCCGUCUUCUGCCACAUGGAGCGCUACCUUGCGACGUCCAUUUGACCACAUUGCGCACGCUCUCUGAGCCACAGCUCCAACUGUUUCCGUCCGCGUCAGCAUUGAUGGUACUGCAUCGUCAGGGCUAUGACUGCAGCGUCAGCUCACAGCAUCUGGACAUGAGCAACUUGUGCCCGCUGACAGGCAAUGGUCUGGGCGCCGUUCGCUUUGGUGAUCUGCAUCUGCAAACCAUCGAGGCAACCAGCCUGACGGGACUACCCAAAAACUUGCAUUCGCAGACAUUACGCUCGCUGUCACAGAUUACACUCGAGCCUAUGGAGCUGCGCACCUUUAAUCUCACGUUUCGUGGGGCAUUGUAAGCUCCAUCAGAUAUCCAAUACCCUAGGCAACGGCAGAGGCCUCAGCAGCAGCAGAUCCUCGUGAAGCCUCUAUAUUCUAUCUCAUGAGUAACAGAAUCGAAAAUAUUUAUUGUAUUUAUUUGAUAUUUAGUUAAGAUCUUGAUUGAUUUUUGUAGUUCUUAAGUACGGACAAGUGGACGUCAUUAAGCUUUAUUUAGCGUACUCUCUUCUCCGCGUCUCACAGAUUUCAAAGUACAAAGCCCAGAGCAUAGUUAUCAUAUACCAAAACUACCUAUGUGAAUCUAUAUCCAAUAGACCAUUUCACUGCCCAUGAGCAUUCCGUUGAAGCGAUUGAAGCGAUACAAGCUAUGCAAGCUCCAUAAGAUUCUACACUGUACGGUCCACAUUUAGUGCAAUAUUUUUUCUAAGCAGAGGAAUCCUAAUUUCAAUCAGUUAAUGAUUCGUAAAGAUGUAUCUUCGUUAAUUUGACUUGUCUAGCUAAAGAC